GUAGCAGUUGAACUUUGGCUGUAGGCCCCUAGUAAAUAAAGUGGAUAACAGGCUCUAAGCAGAGGGCUUUGAUAGGCCUGCGUCAAGUAGUGCUGCGUGGAAGUCCCGACCGCCGGCUCGGUGUCAACCAGCUACCACCAGCAACAAAGCCGUGAGGGUGGAAUAAAGCAAAAGCCUGCACCAUCAGCAGAUUAUGACUGGCAACAGCGGACUGCAGGAAGCAACACCAGCUAAGUAUUAUUUAAUUUUUUUCCGACUUCGCAUUGACCCUGUUUUAUCCGAUCGCCGGGCAGUCCAUGUAACACGGGAAACCAGUGCUAAUUUUCUUGUACUGCCAUUGAACCCACACUGUACAUUUUUGUCAUGAUAACAGGGAGAGAAAAAUGAUGGGGAAAUGAUGCUGAGAGAAAAAUAUGCCCUUGCUGUUCCAGUAGCUGAACGUGUGCAACUGCAGCACUACUGCCCCACUGGAGGGCCAUUUGUCAAAGAAGACAGGGAGGGAGAGAAGAUGAUCAGGCUGACCCACGCUUGUGCCUCAUCUGUGGCGACCGUGCGACGGGCCUGCACUAUGGCAUCAUCUCCUGCGAGGGCUGCAAGGGCUUCUUCAAGCGCAGCAUCUGCAACAAGCGCGUCUACCGCUGCAGCCGUGACAAGAACUGUGAGAUGUCGCGCAAGCAACGCAACCGCUGCCAGUACUGCCGCCUGCUCAAGUGCCUACAGAUGGGCAUGAACCGCAAAGCAAUCAGAGAGGAUGGAAUGCCAGGGGGAAGGAAUAAGAGCAUUGGACCUGUUGAGAUUUCGAAUGAAGAAAUGGAGCGCAUUAUGACAGGCCAGGAGUUCAAGGAGGAUGCUGGUUUGCCAGAGCACACCUGGGGAAACAACGGCGACAGCGACCACAGUUCCCCCGACAAUGGUGUCUCCGAGGGCAACCAACCCUCUCCGGUCUCCACCCUGUCGUCCAGCAGGUCCCUGGAAAUGAAUGGCUACACUGCUACCUACCGGGACCAGUAUGUGGGCACGCCUGUGUCCUCACACUACCAGUUCCUGCCGCACCUUUUUGGUUAUGCCCAGUCAGUCCUUAGGCCCACCCUGGCCCGCAGCCUGCACUCCCAAUCACAGACCCUCGUCUCCCAACUGGUGGCAGCUGAGGACCUGGCCCCCCUGGGGACCCCCAUGCUCAUAGAAGAUGGGUACAGGGUGACCCAGGGGGAGCUGUUUGCCUUGCUCUGUCGGCUGGCAGACGAGCUACUGUUUCGGCAGAUCUCCUGGAUCAAGCGGCUGCCCUUCUUCUGCGAGCUGUCCAUCGAGGACUACACCCUGCUGCUCAGUGCUACUUGGCAGGAGCUCAUCCUGCUCUCCAGCCUCACCAUCUACAGCGGCCAGAUGUUCGGGGACCUGGCCAACGUCACCACCAAGUACUUGCCCUCUGACUACGAGCUGCAAGGGUUUAGUGAAAAUGGAAUGGAUGUGAUGGAGAGACUGAUAUACCUGUUCCGCAAAUUGAAUCAGCUGAAGGUUAGCAAUGAGGAGUAUGCCUGUAUGAAAGCCAUCAACUUCCUCACCCAAGAUAUCCGAGGGCUUACCAACGUUUCUCAGCUGGAGAAGCUGAACAAGCGCUACUGGUACGUGUGCCAGGACCUAGCUGAGUACAAGUACCCUCACCAGCCCAAACGCUUCCCUGAGAUCAUGAUGUGCCUCCCUGAGAUCCGCCACAUCGCCGGGAAGCUGGUGAACGUUCCGUUGGAACAGCUCCCCCUGCUGUUUAAGGCCGUCCUACACUCCUGCAAGUUCAGCCCCAACACCCUCCGAGCAGGCACCACCACCUGCCUGACAACAGACCUCAUCCCCGGCAACUGAGCCACGCCUCUCAAAACCCACCGUUCACCUGAAGGAGGGGGGGACCCCCUUCUUUCUUUUGUGAAUGUGACAGAAUGUGACAUAAUUGUUUUUCUAAAUGUAUUUAUUACACGACAGAUCUGAAUGUAUUCUCAUCUACGCAGAGCACACGCCUCUGCAACAAGAAAUGCACAACCAAUGCAUUGUUCAGACGUGUAAGUGCAGUUUACAAGUAUGUGAAGUGUUAACAUGGUAGCUAUUUUUCGUAUAGAUUUCCAGGAAGUUUUUUUUGUUUAGGGAUCCACUAGAAAACGCUAUUGUAACUGAAAGACUACCUCAGGAAGUAUUUGUUGUUUUUUCAGUGGACAUUUGCCUGUGUCAGUGAAAAGAUAACUUCAGCAGUCUUUGGUAUGUUUGUACUAUCCUCAGCUACAGUAAAGUACAUGAGAGAUACUUCCCCAAUGUGUUUAAAAAUCUAUGUAGCGUUAAUGAUUGUUACCAAAGGUCUCUAAAGAUACACUCAGUUACUAAGUGUAGUUGAAUUUAGUUUUAAUAUAUACUACAUGCUAUACAUUUAGCUUUUUAAGAUUAGUUACAUUUAUCAUGGUGGGGGUGGUGUGGUUUCUCAAGUGGUAUUGGUAUAUCUACUCAAACAUGUCUGCCAAUAGUGACAGAUGAGAUGUCCCAAGCUGCAUGCACUGAUGCCUUGUUUCCCAUCACUAGUAAUGUCAACAUAAAGUGGCUGCAAAUUCAAGCCUCUUUUUCAUUUACAUUUCUACUCAAGCCUUUUAGCGAGUAGAAAUUAAAUGUUGUCAAAAUUGAUACGGGUAUUUUUAAGGCUAAUGGUAUAUAAGUAAGUGGAAGUUUCCAACUACAUUUGAAAGAUUUUCCAAUUGAAGAUGGCAUUUGUUGGCAUUUGUUGAUCAAUCAAUGAAUUAACUGAAGGACCACUCUGGGAUUGGUGAUGAUAGGCCAGUAAAGUGAUACUGUCCCAGUCGACCUUCUCCUGAGAUGUACCAGUUACUCCAGAUGCCUGGGAGGAUGAGAAGUGCAAUAUGCACACUGUUGAAAACCUAGGGUGUGGGUGUGUUUUUUUAAAUAGAUGUGAAAUGCUGCCCAAUAGUGGCAAGCUCAGCCAUAGUUCAAGAGUAUUGUUGUUGUGCACUCUACUCUUUCAAGAGACAUGUUCAAAGCAAAAUCCCACCUGUGACCUGUUAUUGUUAUUGUUAUGUCUGCAUGUGCGUCAACAAAAAUGUUGCAGCUGCCAGUUAAUGUUUUCUGUGAUAUUUUCUCACUCGAGUUCGCGAGAAGUUGAGUUCUAAACAGGGUAAGGCGGAAGUUUGGUGUACUGCACUCAGAAGAUACUCAGGAUCACUUUGUUGAAUUGCGCGUUUAGAAUUAGUAGUUGUAGGUUUCGGGGGACGUUGUAAGUAGCCGUCUUGUCUUUUGAGGUCUUUUUUUCUGUAGGGGAGUUGUUGUAUUUGUGUGGGUGUUUGGACUAUAUGGAAUAGAAUACGAUUUUAAUGGACUAAUAAGGACACAAUUUGGGUUCUGAAUUGAUGUAAGGCUCUGUGACUGGUUAGAUUCAUAUUCACUUGUAUUCUCAGGUGUGUUACAAACAAGGCAAAAAAGGACACUGUGUUUUGAGCAAAGUGCAGCAUUGACCAGACUCAAUCAAUUAGAAGUGUUACAUCAGAACUGUACUGUAAGGAAAUAAAUGUUGUUGUAAGGGAAAACUGGCAGUCAAGUCCACGGAGUGCACCCCUCCCCUUCAAAACAUUCCAAAUCGAACUGAAUAUAUGUGUUAUAUCUAUUGAGUGUUUACAUAUUUGCACCAGACAAUGAUUUAAGUGAAGGGACUGUGCCAGAGUUGAUGGUUUUGCUAUAGGUCCUCAGUCAGAGCCAGUUGUGGCAUUUUGACGAGGCCUAGAAGUGCCUCUAUCGUAGCCAUUCUGUCAACCUCUUGGAUACACACGUCUUUCAACAAACUGGGAAUUGAUGCGUAUUCGUAAAUGAAUUAAUCACAUCUAUUCAAUGUCCCGCUUUUGUCUGUUUUUAUUCAACUAUUAACAUUUGUCAUUUACUUGGAAUGUAUUUUGUUGUUUUACAAGAAUGUUUUGCAUAUCAAUUAGAUUUGAUUGUUUGAAGUGAAGGUGACUAGGAUUUUUAAUUUUUUUAAGUUAGUGGCUGAAUCACAAAUCACUCCCUUUACCGCACCCCCCUGACCCGCCAUUUGCACAUACACGUGUGCCUCUGCCAUAUGCAUAAGUGUCCCAAAGCUGAGGGAGUGAAAAUUAUCAAGGGUGUUGGGGCUAAUUAGACCCUUCUAUAGUCACUUCGACCAAGCCAGAAAGGCUGCAGGCUCCAGAGGGAAGUGCUAUCCGGGGAGGGGGACAGGAGUCUAUCACCGGCUGGGCUGAAUGCGUCGACACCUGGCGGUAAUACGACGUCAGGAAGAACUACGCCUUCUAGUGGUGUAGGCGCCAACUUGAAGCACUGCGAUAUGUUAGGAGUAAGCACAUUUUCAUUCAAAAGAAUGGACAAGUGUUCCUAAUUAUAUAUGUGCAUUUGUUUGUGUCUGUUUCUGAUGCUUGACAUGUAAAAUAUGAAACAUCUCCCAAAUUAAAUGUUUGACUGUUAUUGAGGUUAUUAUAUUGUAAAACAACGAGGAAUUUUAUCAUUUUGAAUUUCAUCCUCGUUUUAUUAUUUAAAUGUAGAUCUGGAAUUGCAUCGUUCAAGUUAACCGCGAGACCCUUAGUAGUUCUUCCUGACAUCUUAUUAUCUCUAGGUGUCGACGCAGUCAGACUGACCGGUGAUACACUCGUGUCACCCCGCGAUGAGCAGCUACAUAAAGCAUCCUCUAUUCAUGCUGCACAGGCAUCGGUUUCCUCCUUAACUAGCUUUAAUGGCGAGCAGCCCUAAAAUACCUGGGAAAAUAUGUGUACUGUCCUAAUAAAGCACAAUUUUCUACCACCAUGAUGCUACUUCCGGACAUUGCAUGCAGCCUUCAGACAGGGGCAAACAACAGACAGGUGCAACCUAGCAUGAUAGAGGAAAAUUGUUUCAUUAAGACAGUACGCAUAUAUUCCCAGUUUACUUUAGGGCUGCUCGCCAUUAAAGUUAGUCUAGGAGGAAAUCGUCACAUUUGCAGCCUAAACGGAGGAUGUUUUAUGUAGUUUCUAGUCAAGGGGGGACACAAGUGUAUUACCGUCUGGGCAGAUCACCUUGGGACGUCAGAGGACAAACAACGUCCAAAAUAAUAUUGCCCUCUGACGGACCUUGGGGCUGCAUUCACGUCACGUGUGUGUCCCAAAGUUGAUGGGCUUAUUGAUCCCCUCUUUACUCUCGUUUCGUCAGCAACACGUGACAAUUGAGGGUCCUCCAAGUGAGUUGGUAGGGAUGAGAAGCUGGUUUGGGAUACACCUAGUAUUCUGUCCGUCAUUUACCAGAAACAAGGUAGACAUCUUGGAGAUGCAUGGUUUGCGAUGAAUGUGUUGGCCUAUAGGCAAGCACUAUCUGUCAGUGGUGCCCAGUUUUCAAGGGGCAUCCUGCAGCUCAGGAUUAAAAUUGACAGGGAAGCUCCGCUUUGGUUCAUGGUUGACAUGUUAGAUGUUUGUUGACCUGUGUGUACCUUUUAAUCUUGCUCAAUUUAAGUGGUAAAGGUCCCUAACCACUAAGUGCCAAAAAUAAUAGGGCCAGAUCAUCACAACACCUUUGCCUCUGACACAAACAAUUACAUUUACGUUCAUAACUCUUUACUCUGCUGUGCUGUGUUACAAUCAACACUUUAUUUUAUUCGAGGGAACACUGUUGUGGUCUUAUGCAUAAAGCCAUUGUACACUUUAUUGAAAUGGUGACUAACAACCUCUCGCUUAUUUUCAAUACGUAUUUGUCAACAUCGAUUUUCUCAUUCUCUUUGAUAGAAUGUAUCAAUCAAAAGAAAGGCUUUUGAAUUGCAGUGAUAUCAGGUGUCAUAAUGUUUUAGGGGGGCACAAUGCUUUGUUUGUUUAUGUUGGUGUUCUGGUUGUAAAAAAGUUGCAGACAGAGAAAUUCAGAAGUUAAGAGAUGUGAUGUUCUACUGUAACAUGUUGUUUCUUAAAGCUACAAUCCUUUGAAAUAAUAACAAAGGGUCACCCCACCUCUAUUUUGGUAAAAAGCUGAGGGAUGGGCCUGGAGAAAUGUUACCACUCUCAAAUUCAUAGACCGAGCUAUGGAUGCCAGGACGGACCACCCCAUGAUAUAAACAUUGUCGUUUUUGACAUGUUUUGAGGCUUUAGUGUUUUUAUUAAAAAAAAUAUUUUCUUUGUUUACAAACAUCGGAGCAAAACAAGCUACGUUUUAUUUUGUGUUCUGAUGGGGUACGACAAUUGAACUAAACUCAUGAUGCGUUUACAAGUAAAAAUGUUCAAGAAUCAAUGGGGUAUAUAUAUCAUUAAUUUGUGAGUCCAAAAAUUGAUGUUGCAACUAAGGAUUCUAGCUUUAACCUCCAUCAUGGGUUUAUAUACUUUGUGUCCAUGUAUCUGCCCUGACUGUAACUUUGACUACCUGUGGCUAUCAGAGCAGUACGUGUUCAAAGCAUGCAUAGAAUGUGUCAGGACUUGAAACUAAAUAAACAUGAAACUUAUGCAACUGUGA